GGAUACUACUAACAAACAACUCGUGUGCGAAAAUGAUUUUCCAUUGCAGGAGUAGGAAAGUUCAGGUCAACAGUGCGUAACCACCCUGUCGUCGUCUUCCUCACCCACCUCCAUUCAGGCAUUCACACCCCGCUCGAAACCACCUAUAAAACCAUUCACAAUCCACAAGGUCCUCUCAGACCACCGAGCUGAAACCAGAGAGGAAGGUAGCGUGAGGCGGCAGCAAGGCAAGAACCAAGAAGGGAGCCAAGAAAGAGGAGGAGAAGAAAUGGCGGCAAGUUCGGCUGCCACCCUCACGGCGGCGGCGGCGGUGACGGUCGCGAUCCUCCUCCUGGCCGGCGGCGCGUCGGCGCAGUCGCCGUCGCCGCCGUCGCCGUCGAGCCAGUGCACGUCGGCGCUGGUGAGCCUGUCGCCGUGCCUGAACUACAUCUCCGGGAACGAGUCGUCGGCGCCGGCGCCGUGCUGCGCGCAGCUGGGCAAGGUGGUGCGGUCGGAGCCGCAGUGCCUGUGCGUGGCGCUGGCCGCGGACCCGGCGGCGCUGGGGCUCAGCGUCAACCGCACCCGCGCGCUGGGCCUCCCCGCCGCGUGCAACCUCACGACGCCCGAUGUCAGCAGCUGCAAGGGCGCCGGCGCCGGCGGCGGGGCGGCGCCGACGACUGCGCCCGCGGGACAGGCGGCGCCGGGCGGCGCGGGGUCCAAGACGACGCCGGCGACGGGGUCCGUGCCAGGCGCCGCCGCCGCGUCGCUGCGGGGGUCGCCCGGCGCCAGGCUGGUCGCGGCCUUCGUCGCCGUGGCCGUCCUCGCCGCCGCCGCCGCGUGAUCGCGCGUAGGAGUCGAGAUGGAUUUGAGGUGGCUAGGCUAGCCGGAGUAGCCUUUUUAUCGAUUUUUUUUUUGUGGUUUGUUGAUCCGUGAGAGAGAGCUUACAAUUCUUCCACAAUCCACUUGAUUCGUCACCGCAUUGCUUGUGAUUUGUGAAUAAUAAUAAUAAUAAUAAUAAUAAUAAUAAUAAUAAUAAUAAAGGUGUGCCUGGCCUGUCUGGAUUGUUCGCCA